AUGAACUGCCCGCCGCCGCAUUUCCAGAGACCAGCGAAGCAGCAGAACGCGGUGGGCGACGUGGGCUUCGCGGGCACGGCGGGCGGCGAGGGCCUGGGCAAGACGGUGGAGAAGCUGCGGCCGUACGCGGUGCCCGUGGUGAAGGUGGUGCGCGUGCCGGUGGCGGCGCCGGUGCCCGUGGCCGUGCCGCACGCCGUGCUGGUGCCCGUGCCGCAGCCCGUGCCCGUGCACAUCCGCGUGCCGCUGCCCGUCGAGGUGCCCGUGCUGCGGCAGGUGCACGUGCCCGUCGAGAAGCACUACCCCGUCGAGGUCGAGAGGAAGGUGCCGUACGCGGUGGACAAGCCGGUGCCGAUCGCGGUGGCGCGCCACGUGCCGGUGCCCGUGCCGCAGCCCUUCCCCGUGCACGUGCCCGUCUACAAGCACAUCUACCACAUCCCCAAGCACCACGGGCCGGCGCUGCACCACGCACCGCACCACCACCACUGA